GAACAAAACGUCUAGAGUCUCAACGCUACUGUCGCGCGAACUCUCGCGGUUAUUUCCCAUCGCGUACUACGAAAAAUAGUCACCAUGUGUCGUUUCCUUGUGUUAGUGGAAGUCGUAGUGGCUACGUGGUGUUCAUCGAGACACACAACCUUACUUGUGUAAUACGAGGUUCACUCAAACGGGAAACGCGGCCAUGCGUAAGAGAUGGCUCUGGCGGUGAGCGAGAAGAAACCAAAGCUGACUAGCGUGAGACAUUCCAGCCUUGACCUGCCCGACUUGGAAUCAAGCAAGAAGCGCGAUGUGCUAACCAGAGCCAGAAAUAAACUCUUGACACUGGGUGACGCGCUCAAACACAAACAGCAGCAAAACAAACCGCUGUCCAAAUCGAUGACGCAGUGCACUCUCGACUAUUUUUUCAAACACAAUUCCGGCAAAGAGAAAAGUGAUACCUACCAUAGCAUCACCAGCCGUGCUUUGCAAAAGCAACUGUCGUUGACGUCGUACCCUAUCGCGAUCAAAAUCUCAUCGUUCGAUGACGAUGGCGACGACGUGUUCGCCGGUGAACCGUUGAGCAGGUCUCGACCUGCUACGGUGUGCGUCGAUAAACCGAGUGAAAGAAUCAACACGGAAGCUCUAGCGCUCGAGCGGCCUCGGAAAAAGUUGUCGUUUCGCGAUCCGGAAGUGGACUUUUGUAAAGUGAAUAACAACUCUGAAUGCCGUACGUUGUCUAAGAAGGCUUGUACACGCAUCAGGACCGACAAUGAUAAGGGAUUGGUCGUUACGAAUGGCGUUCAUAGGGUGCCUAGCUUCGAAGACACUGAGUUGGACAGCCAGGCGAUGCGUGUCGUCCGAACUAUAGGCCAGGCGUUCGAAGUGUGCCAUAAACUAUCGAUAACUGCUCCGGAACAAGACAAUUUCGACCAGGACGAGCAGGAAACGCUCACACAGGAUUUGCUCAGCGAUAGGUUUAGCGACGUAGCUAGCGAAAAGCACAAAAAAGACCACAUAUCGGAAGGUGCGAGUGACAAAAUGUCUCUACCUCCAGACGAUAGUAGCAUUAAGGAAGCCUAUAUCGAAAACCCGAAACAGCGACCAUCUCAACUGGACAUACUACCGCCACCCCCUGUAAACAACAACAUUAGGAGAGCACCGAUUAUGACAGCCGAAACGUACGCAGCCCCUCACAGUGAUAUUCUGGUCAAUAACACCGGUGGAGGGGGCAGCAUAGGAAGCGGUAGCGGCUCAAUUCCACCAUCGGGGCCCACUUUGUCCGCCCAUCAUGAAUUGCAGCUCAUGCGUGAACAACUUGAACAACAGAAUCAGCAGACGCAAGCUGCGAUCGCCCAGCUGCAGCUCGCUCAGGAACAAUUAGCAGCCGAACAGAGUGCGAGAAUGGAAGCACAAGCUCGUACCCAUCAAUUGUUGGUGCACAAUAGAGAGCUGCUGGACCAUAUAGCUGCGUUGGUGGCGCAUCUUCAGGGAGGGGACAAGAUGGGUCAGCAGGUCACUCCUCCGCACAUGACGAUGCCUCAACUUAGCUCUGCUGCCAAAGUCGAAAGAUGGUUCGAGCUGUUCGAACCCAUGUCAAUAUCCCGUCCGGAAAGCGGGUUCGUUUCCUGUCAGGAUGCGGAUCCUUCCGAGUUCGACGACGAGCGCGAAAUCCUCGAAGGCACGAGAAAUUUGCUGUCCAAGCUGAGCGCUCGCAAACAAAGAAAACUGUUCGGGUUGAAGCUAGGCAAAGUGACAACCUUCUGACGAAUAUCCUAACCCCCCUAGAGUUAUAUAGCGGAUUUUAUUUUUAAGUAGCGUCAAUGACUUCAAUUAAAAACUGAGGUUCGCUCUCACUACCCGGUCAUUUUGAUGGGUUAUCACUCCACAACUAAGAUGUUUAUGGAAAACGAAAUUCGGUCAAUUAUAUAUGCAACAAUGGAGUAAAAUAGACUGCAAACGACUGGUCCCAUUUAUUAUUUGAAAACUUCAGAGGAACGAUCAGAGAAACCAGUUUAACGAAUUUUACAAAAUAAGCAUAUAUUUUCGUACAAAUAGAAUGUAGAAUGCAAUUUUCCCAAGUGAUGAUUCAAAUCAAUAAAAAAAGUUACUAGAUGGAUGGAAUAGAAAACUACUUAUAAAAACAUUUAUUAUUUUACAUCAAGAGAUAUACCAAGAAGUUGAACCAAAUUGUAAAUCUUUCAUAUAAUGUAAAAACUCACAGGAAACUUUUGUUGGUUUGAUGCCUCUCUUUUUUUUAAUGAAAUGGGAAUCCGUCCAUUGAAUGAGCUUGGAGGGUUUUUUGGAAAUUGAUGUCCCCUGCCGGUUCAAAUUCAACAUUUAGCUACAAAGCCUGUUAAUUUAAUUUUAACGCAAAUAUUGCUAAUAUCUUCUACUAUGUCGCUGGCACCAUCUCUUAUUUGUCAAAUGUUUUGCUUGCUAUAUUUAGUAAGCAUACUAUGCGCUGACAACAACCCGUAGGAUGGUUGUACCGCACAAGUAAGAGAAUUUGGAAUCAAGAACUGUGACAAAAAAGGUUUUCGAGUAUUUGAAGCGAAUUAUGAUUUAAUAAUUAAUUAAAAUUUUCAGAUACAGCUUAUAGCAAAUAAACUUGUAGUCACGUCAUAUGUCAUGUAAACCAUUAUAAACAUUGUUUCAAAACUUGAUUUUAUAGAUAUUUAUUAACAACUCCAUUUUAUUUGCUCAUUGCUAAUGUUAAUUAAAAAAAAACAAUUAUGACCAGUUUCUCUAUAUAUUAAUUUCUGAGUUCUAUAAUAUUUCUAUUCUGAGUCGCUGAAAAAAUCGCCAGAAUCACCAGUCUUCGUCAACAUGAACAAUAGUGGAAAAAACUCCUAGUUGUCCAUUACCCCUGUUAUACAUACCACUCGGCAAUUAUUUUUUCUGAUUCUUUUCACAUUUCUGGCGUAAGUGUCUUUUGAGUAUUAGAUGUCUUCGUUAAUAACAUGCUGUGGUAUUAUCGAUACGAAUUUUCUAGGAGCGGUUAAUUUUUUUUUUUAAAUCCAAUUCUCACCCAAGAACACAAAUGGGUACAAAGUUUCCUGUUUUGUUGAUGAUACGCAUUAAGUAUCAAUAUCAGGAAGUUUCAGGAGUCUUUGCCUUCAGUCUUCUCAACGAUAUGCUAUCAAAUAAAUGUUUGUUUGUGUUUUAAUAUAUAAGAUAAUGUUGGCCUACAAGAAGAAGGCAGGAUUAUAGAUAUAUACGUCUCGUAGUGUUACGUAGAUCACACUCUUAGAAGGCGAUUUCGUAACUCAGUUAUUGUUGACUGCCUUUGCAAUAGCACAAACAGUAGACAGUCAUAACUUUAAAGCUUCUGCUUUUGCGCUGACUAUAAUAGGAACUAAAGUUUAAAUUGAAAAUUCCUAUUUAUAAACACGACAUCCGUGACUUGUAAACUCACCUCCCUAACAAGGGACAUAAAGAGCCAUUAUUAUCGCGUUUCUCUUUGAAGUAUUGUAAUGUACAUUUAGUAUUACAAGCGAUUUUCGCUACAGAAUUGUGGCCAUACCUACUUUAAUGCGCAGAACUUUUUUGCCACUAUCUAUCGAUCUAAAAUCAUUUCAGCGACUUCUAAGAAUAAGUAGCAUUAGUUUUGUAUAAUAUUUUUUGACACCUAUCUUUGGUGGCUAUCGUGAAAUUAACUUAUAAUAUUUUGUGUUCGAAAAAUGUUUGUUCCGCCAGGUUCGUGUCAGCAAAAUGUCGACUUACUUGAGCAUACAUGCAGUGAAUUAUUUACGAAUACUUAUAAAAAUAUUACAAUUGUUUUAUUUAUAAAUUUAGCUUUAGGAAUAAUAACCAACAAAGUCUAAAACUUAAAACUUUUCUUUACUAGGAUAAGUCAGCAUGAACUUCAGUUUCUUGUUUGGCAUAUAGAGAAUUUGAAAAAUAUAUUAAACAUUCACGCAAUGACAGUUCCAACUUGUGCUUAUUUUCAAUUAAUUUAGGCGGUGUUGCCUAGCGUUUCAAAUUCAAACUGACUCAAACAACAGAUCGGAUAGUCGAUCAUCUUAUUACUAAAAUAACAAGGGUAAUGCUACUUCUUCGAAGAUGCGGCAACAGCGCGUUGCUUAAAACAUUUUGAACCGCUAGAGCACCGCUUAUAUUAACGGUCAAAUUUUCGACUACCAUCCACCGUUAUUCACAAUUUUUUCCUAGGCAAAAUUCUGUUUUGCCUUAUUUCUGAUACGUUGAAAAUGGUCGGCGUAAAAAAAGCUUUUAUAUGCUCAACUAAAAAGAGCUUGUCGAUAAACUCAUAAGCUACUUUUCUGUGAAAUGCGUAUGGUGCUAAAAGCUUUUGACGUUCUCUUUGCCAUGCGAUCCUCGAAGCCCUUUGCAGCUUUUUAUGACAGCCAUAGUAAAUUUGCGACCAUUUUUAAGCGAAUGCAAAAAUGGAACAGCAGAAUAUUCGUUUAUCAGCAAUAUUGGUUGUUCAAAAACAUGUUUUAAAUUAUUUGAAUAUACCGGGUGUUCCAGAAAGGUCAACGACGUAUUGGGGAAACGAACUCUUUUAGGAACGAAUGAAUGAAUUAGAAAUGAUGAAAGAAAUGAUUUGAGUAAAUCGCGCCAAAAAAGGUAUUUGAAAUUAUUAUGGACAUUCUGGAAUGGCCAAUAAUUUACAAGAUUAGCCAUAGUUAAAGUUAGUAAGAUCUUAAAGCUUAAUUAAAAAUUAAAAUCUUUUUUGUUAAAUGCCGUUCGCACUAUUUCUACAGGGUAUAUGGGUGGAGUGACGCUCUACCUUGCAGCCAAAUGGUGUGGGUGGAAUUUAACACUCAAAAUAUGUUCAAUUUUUGGAAGAAAUUCUAAAUUUAUAUAUAUCAAAUUAAACGCUAAUUUAUUAUUUAGAAUGCCAAAUAAUAUUUAAAGUCAAAAUAAGAUGUCCCUUUUUUACUUUCUAAUAUGGCUCUGCUGACAUUACUACGUUCUGACCCUUAUAUCUUCAUUUUAUACCAUGUCCAUUAAAGUCAGUUUAUAACACCUUCUCCAAUAUCCCCAUUUCUAUUCCAAGCAGUCGUUUCUUCAUUUGUUUCAUCGUCUUUGACUUUCUACUAUUUAUUUUUAUUUUGAUUUUGGUGGUUUCUCUUAUUGAUUUGCUCCACAAAGCUAAAUGUAGUUGCCUAGCUGCAACUCGCCCAUUCGGCUGUUGAUUCCUUGGAUGCUUAAGCCAUCACUAAUAAUUACAAAGAUAGACAAGAUAUUAUGUCUGUCCCUUACUGCACGUUUUCCCAACUGUAAUUUCUUAGCACAAUUCCAGCUAUGACACAUUCUAAAUGUGUAGUUCAUAUCCAUCCUGCAUCGUCAGCAAGAUUUACUUGGUCGUCCGCAAAAUGCAGUCUAAAGACUUUAUCUCCGUCUAUUUCUGUACUAAGGCACAUUUCUCUCCUAAAUGUGAAGGUAUAUUUUGAAGAGAGUCGGAGCCAUCGCGCACCUUUUGUAAUUAGUAAAGCUGUUGCUAUCGUUAAUACUGUCUGAUAUGUGACACAAUUUUCUCUUAGUACAGACCAUAGCUUGCUAAAGGCAAUGCUAAAGCUUUUAUUAAAUCUGUGAAUGCAAGGUGAGUUUCGAAAUUUCUAGCCAAAAAUUAUCUUCUUAUAAAUGUCUAUUUCAUUUUCGAUUCUGUUUUAAAUAACUUUUGAGAUAUUCUUAAAAGAUAAUUAGUUACGCUUAUUACUCGGUAGUUUCAUGGUAUCCUUAUGUCAUCUUUUUUACGUAAAUGUAUAUGUUAAUCCUUAAAAACGGAGUGGAAAUAUAGCCAAGCAAUUCCAUUAGAUUUCCAGUACCGUACUUAAUAUCCUAUAGGCAUCUACCCUUUACCACCAUCAAUUAUCAGGAAGUAAGUUAUUUGAUGCUUGUCGAAGUUUCUUGGUUGCCUAUCCUUUGAAAUAGUUUAAUUUUGUUAAAUGUUUUUUACAUUAAAAAUGUCUUAUUUUAAUCGGACCAAUUUAUCGUAAUCCAACGUAAUCAACAUAUUAGGAGCGACAAAAAUACUGAUUACUUCAACAUAGAUUUUACUACCUAAAUAAUUCAAUAAUUAAUAAAAUUAGUUAGCCGCCAACUUUGUUUUGGUUAAUUGACUAAAUCUAUUUUUUUUAUGAAAAAAUUAGUGACAAUUAUAAAUUAAUUGAAAACGGGCAAUAAAAUGAAAACCUAGUGUGAGCCUAAUGGGUUAUUUUGGAAGCUUUUGUAAAAAAAGUAAUAAAGACAAACAAAAUUUUUUUUUAAUUUUUGGGUUAAAAGAUUUUAGGUUAGGAAAACGUCGCAUGUUUGCAUUUAUUCUUUUUUCCUAGUUCUUUUUUUGAUUACGGCGGAAAAUGCCACCUGAUAGCAAAGUAAGUAAUGUCAGACACACCACUCAUAAUUGAUAUUCUAGGAAAAGCCCUUUUUAACGACUUCAAGUUUUUUAAAAUGCGAUAAGCCUUUUUCGAAAAUGUUUCAACAUCCUCCAUCAUUUCCUUUGAGAUAGAAAUAGAGCAAACAGCAUUAAACAAUAAUAUUUGAAUUUGUCUCAUCUAUAGCACUCACUGUGGUUAAUAUAAAAAACUUUUUUAGGAACCGGGUUUUCAAAAUCAAGAGACCAAUUACCCGCCCUGGUGGCCAUUAAUAAUUAUAAGUUUUAAUGAAUAUUUUCUAAUUAUUUUGAGAGCUAGUGUGACCCAUGAAAAAUGACCGCGUGUUAAUGUAUUUUGUGCAACGAUUGGAAGUUUCAACGAUUAAAAUUGUUUCAGUUUUGAAAAGUUGUUCAUUUUGUCCCAGUGUUGGUCUUGAUUUUUUUUUUAAUUAUUUUAUUCAAGGCUGAUUAAACAUAUGGUUGACAUUCCGAUUGUUGCGGACUAGUUGUAAGUUCUUUCCAAAAGUUUCUGACUGAUUAAAUUAGUUAAUUAAAUUGUGUAUUCGAAUUUCCUUAACGUAGCAAUAAAUUUCUAGUA